GUUCACUACUCUGGGUGACUGGCCUACAUGUCAUGGAAAUGCUGUCAGGACUCCCACUGCUCAGACAGACAUGUGGAUUACUGAAGGGAAAUAAUUUCUACAAAACCAUUUUCUGCAAUGGGACACUCAAAUAGUUGCCAGAUUAGUGGAGAAAGAAUGGGAACACUUUGUUACUUCUGACCACUUAUGAGAAUCUAUGUAUGAUAGUUGCCUGAAGGAGGUAAUUUUUGGAUCAUUAAUGUGCAAUUCAAUCCUCAGACUUCUAGAUUUAUACUUGUUUUUAGAUUUAGAUUUACUACUGAUUUGCUACAGAUUUGCUACUAUUCUUUGGAAACACAUUUUGCUCCCUGGAUAUCUCGCCACAUCAAUACCUCUUCUCCUCGGCAGAUUUUGAGAGCCUUCACAUGAGUCUUUGUUGAGACCAAGGAAAAAGGGAGCAAGUGGACUGACUGGCCGGUUACAUCCGACCACUCCACAGACAUCUCGUAACAGAAGAAAUGCUAAAAGGCAAUGAGAAGUUUAACACCAAGUAUGGAGUGUCGAACACUGUCAUCAGUAAUAGCACAAACAAAGCAAUCAACACCCUGGCACUUGUAGCCAGACCUGAUGUCUAUAAUAGCUUUGCAUUGUUCUUGGAAAAUUGUGUGCCCCUCGUUAGGAAUUGCCUGACCACCAUUGGGAGUCCACCUCUUUUUGGCCCUGCCUCUCUCCAGUUGGCCCAGAUAAAGGCUCAGCUGGCGCUUCACCAGCUGAAUGUGAUAGCUGCCAGAAACGUAACUCCCCCUCUUAUUGCUUCACCUGCCCUGACCUUGCUAAACCUUCUCAAGGUUACCAUGUCCCAUCCAAUGUAUAAUGCCCGUGGGGGACCAUUUUCGAGUGGCCAAAGAUCUGUGGUAAGCGGGCAGUAUGGUCUUGAGUCACAGUCAGGUCUGGACCUAGGUGGAGCUCGUCUUGGUUCUGACUCCAUGUCUGGUUCUCGUGGGGGAAUGAUGGUAAACCAGCAGAUGACUUUUCCUCUGGGACAACGUCAGUCACAGGUGUCCCAGGCCCUUGAUGCUACUAUAGAUAUGAACAUUCGUGAAGCACGUGAGGAGGUUCGCCUGCUCACCCAACUGCUCCAACAGCCAAAGUCAGCCGAUCCCCGCUUGAGGAAAGACAUUAGAGAUGAGGUGCUUUCUCCAGGCACCGCUAGUUAUGCAGCAAGUAACGUCCCGGGAAGAUCUGACGAAGUGGACUGGACUUGUUUCCAGGCCCCCAGUAAACUUUUUGCUUCCUCAAGUGUAGGUCAAUCAUCCAGUUCUUCACAGCUGUUCCAGUCUUCAGGUUUUGGAGGGCCAAGUGGUUUGGACAGCCAGCUGCCUGCUGAACACCAGCCUACACGCUAUACUUCAGAGAGUGCAAGCAGCAUCUUGGCAAGCUUUCACCUCUCAAUUGAGGACCUUGAGCUCCUUAGCCACUACCCUGAUGAUCAGCUGACUCCAGACAACCUGCCGUUCAUUUUGCGUGACAUACGCAUGCGCAAGGCCAAGAGAAAUGUCCCCGACCCUGAUAUGCGGUCCUCUUCUGAUCUUAUGGUGUCUGAGGCAAGACAAAGUAAAGUCAUCGAUUACAGACAUUCUAGUAAGCUUGGUUUCCCUGAUGAGAAACCAGACAGCUAUACACGUGACCACCUUACUAAAGAGUCACCCAACUAUGGGAGGGAAGUCUCUGGGUCCCCCUUCCGGGCUGUUGACAUAGUGAAGCACCCACAGCAAAAACCGACUGCCACGGUUCCUGCCCAGGCUUCAGUUAUGCUCACAAAGCUUCAGCAAACUCCAGCAAUGGAUCCUCGAUCUGCUUCUCAGACCUUGGAGAUGCAAAGUGCCAAGACAAUCCCUGGAAGACUGCCUGCAUCCACACCAUCCAUCAGUCGACCUCCACAGAUUCCACCACUUCUGGCUGUUGGUCACUUGGGUUCAAUGGCCACCAUGGUCUCUGGAAGUCCAAAGCUCUCCUGGCCUCCUGCAUUUCCUCCACCUCAAAUGACUGCUCCAGCAACAAAGAGGCUGCCAACUCCCACCAUGAUGAAUGAUUACUCGGCUGCUACUCCAAGAAUCUUUCCCCAUACAUGCUCUCUGUGUAACAUAGAAUGUGUCCAGAUUAAGGAUUGGAUUGAACAUCAGAACACAAAUCUUCACAUUGAGAAUUGCAGGCGUCUCAGAAAACAAUAUCCUGAUUGGAGUGUUGAGGCAAUUCCUGUUACCAGGACUGAGCCAAAGUUGGAACGGCGUAGUCCAAAACAUCGCACCCGUUCGCAUUCCUACUCCAGAACUCCUAGCCCGAAGCGGCACCAUGGGACGUCCAGUCGCCGCCAACGUUCUCGUUCCCGAUCAAGGUCACGGAGUCCUCGGCGGUAUCGGCGCUCCCGUUCCCGAAGCAGGUCCUUGUCUCCCCCGAGGAAGACUCGUGCCUGUUCACCCCCGUACCGGCGAAGGUCUCGCACCCCUCCAGGGCACCGGUCAAGAUCCCCGGUCUACAGCAGGCGCUCUCCUGUACGGAGCUCUCGUAGAGCGAGCCCCCGUCGAAGUAGUCCUCCUCGCCAGCAGAGGCCAAGCAGUAGUGAGAGACUGGCAAAAAAACUUCUUGAGUCCUCAGCUGAACUGUCCUCAGUGACCAGCAGUAGUACUCUGAAGGCUAUGGUGGAGUCGUUGGCCCCAGCACUCCUUGCUGAGCUGGCCAAAAAGAGGAGCACAUCCUCCUCUUUGUCAGUCAAGAGUAGCAGCAGUACAAAGCGGUCCUCCUCUCCCUCCUCCAAACGAAGUGAAUCCUCCAAGCCAAGCAGCUCAUCUGCCUCAAAGGCCACUUCUUCCAAGAAUGGGAAACCUAAGAAAAUGUCAACUGGUCCUGGGACUUCCUGCUUACUAAGAUUGAAAAACAUUCCAUCUGGGACUACCAACGAGGAGUUGAUCAGUGCUAUUAAGCCAUUUGGCAAGAUUCACACUUCCAUCUUCCUUAAAGCCAUUGGAGAGGCGUCAGUGUGUAUGGAGAAGGAGGAGGAUGCCAAAGUUUUGGUCAACUGUAAAACCCUAAAGCUGCAUGGCAAGCUUAUUGACAUUUGUAUGGAGAAGUCACCACAGACUUCACAGUCAACUAAAGUUAAACAGAUGGUCAAAGCCAAGGCUUCUACAAAAGGUCUACGAGAGGCUCCAGUUGUUAAGAGCAAGGUGGUUGUUAUAAAGAAGGAGAUCCCUUGGAAGAAAAAUAUUGUUGAGAUAACUGGCCUUUCAGAAGCAGGUGUCACUGAAGAUGAGCUGUCAAAUCUCGCUAUUCCCCAUGGCUGUGUUUCCCCACCUGUCAUAGCUGUCACUCAGAAUAAGGCGUACCUCGAGAUGCGCAACACCGAGGCGGCAGAGGCACUGGUAAAUGCUUAUGCGAAGACUCCAGCCAAACUGCAAGAUAAAGAGAUAAGCAUCACGAUGAUGACCCAGCCUCUUGACAUUAAUUAUACAGAAUCAAUAUUCAGAGUACUGAUGGGAAUGGACAAGCUGCCUCCCCAGGAACUUGCAGCAUUGCCUGAACGUCUCCUCAUAGUCGGUAAUGUGCCCAAAGGGGUUGGAGCAAUCAACGAGGUUCAGAAACUCAUCAAACGCUUUGGUGCCUAUAAGCAGGCUCUACCCCUCAAUGGCAGGAUUAUUUUUGAAAUGGAAACUUCUGCUAUUGCCAGAGCAGUGCAUAGUCGGUUCCUCAAGUUUCCAUGUAUUGUACAGAAUAAUUCCCUCACUUUCAAGCUUGCCAAAUUACCCAAGGCCACCGAUCAGGUGAAAAAGAAACCUGAUGCUAAAGGGGCUAAACCAGCUGCCAAGGUGGGCGUUAAAAUGCCACCUAAAGCUAAACCUACCAAAGCGCAGACUCCCAAGUCUACUAAUAAUGCGCAUACAACUAUAGCUCCCUCUGUCACAUCAAUUUCAAUCAAAGAUGCUCCUUCUGCCAUUGCUGCUCAGCCAGUCACUGUAAAAGCUGAGAUUAAUUCUUUGAAAGGUGCAACUGAAAAUGAAGCAAAUAUUAAGAUGGAUACUAUUACUUCUAAAGAAACAUUUACUCCUGAAACAGCAGCAGCAUUGAAGCAUUCUGAGUGUGAUUCAAAAAUGGACAUCACACCCUCUGAAACACUUCAAGAAAGUAGCAACACUAAAUUGGGCAACUCUCCUAUUGGAACAGCUUCAUCUGAAAGCAGUGGGUCCAAAAUGGACACUUCUAUUACUGUAACAACGUCAUUUAAAAGUACCACUGGCACUGAUACCCAGAUUGACACCCAAGAUGGAAAAACAGCUAUGGUGGAGGCCCAGGAGUUUGAGUCAGAAGUGAGUGUUUUGUCUACAGUAACAGUUGAAGAAGUGAUCUCUAUGGACACAACUGAGCAUACUGAAAAUGCAUCCACCAAUAUAUCUGAGCAUACAGAAGCAUCUGUUAACACAUCUGAGCAUGAUGAAAAAGCGUCCUUAAACAUCCUGGAACUACCACAGAAUGUGACUGAUAUAAAAGCUGGGAACACAUCUGUGGAACAGGAUGAAGUUGACAACAAGCCAGAGCACAGAAUUGAUGAGUCACCAUCAGUAGUGGAAACUGUGCUUGUUGGCAAUAAUAAAGAUGGAAAAAUCAUUAUGGGAUCCUCUGUAGUUUUGGAGGCUCAGAAUGCCCCCAUAGAUCUGUCUGAUCAGGACGCGCAUUGUGAUUCAAAGCCACAAGGUACUAUGCCUGACAGUGAGGUUCAACUUGAGAAUGACUUGAAAGUGAUUGAACCAAAUCAAACUGAUAUCACUCUGUCACCAUCUGAACAAAGCCAGCUCUCUGAUCAAGUCAAGCCUCAACCAGCACCUGUUCCAUUAGAUGACAUGACAUUGGACUUUCCACCUGUUACACAAGAGAUUUUGAAGGCUUUGGAAGCAGCAGUCCAUCAGUGCCGUUUGCAGUCCUCCUUGAGGCGUGCUGAGGAAGAAGCUAGGCAGAGGACAGAGACGGAGAAGAAUGCUACAGAGAAAGUCAUGGGCAAAUCCUUGUCGAGCUCUAAAAAACCCACUGCUUCAGAUAAUGUACAGGCAGCCAAGAAAGCAAUUCAUAGUGACAACCAAAAGGCUCAAUUUGAAAAGGGAAAGAAACCCCAGAGUUCUGGUUCUAGAAGCCAACAUGGAGACACUGAAUCACCAGAAGGAGAAUCAUUUUACAGACACAAAGGCAAAGUUGGUGCAGAAGAUGUUGUUAUUAAACACGGAGGAUCAUCAAGUUGUUCUGCUGCUGGGUCUCGUAAGGCCAAACUGGACAGUAGCCCAAUGUCAAAGAGAUCAAGGGAAAGUGAGGAGGACAGCUUCCGGAGCCAUAGCACUGGCAGAAGUGUAAAGUCCUCAAGGAGUCACUCAAAAACAAGGAAAACAGAAAAGUUUAAAGAAGAAGAAAUGGAGGAGGAACCCUUCCCCUUCAAUCUAGAUGAGUUUGUUACUGUUGAUGAGGUUGGUGAUGAUGUAGAUGAACACUAUCCUUCUAGCUCGGAGCCCCCAUCCAAGCAUACAGUAUCUCAGAAUGACCUAAAAGCUUCCUCUAGCAUAUGCACACCGGAAGAAAAACCCCCCUCUUGCUCAGCGUCCACUGUCCGAUCAAAACAGAAGCCUGUGUCUGCAUCUAUACCUCAUAGAACCAGAGCAGCAGCAGCAGCAGCAGUGACUGGGACAGAAGCUCACAAAGGUAUUGGUACUGUGCACAACACAGUGGAGGAGCAUAUAGAUGCUAAUCCAGUCAUAGAGGUGAAAGCGCUUGAAAAGGUGGAAACAGAAGAACCUCAAAGGGCUGAAGUUGAUUCAGCUACAUCGGAUAGCUUGCAAGAGGCAAAAGCUGCAGAAAUUGAAUUAAAAAUGGCAGAAUGUGUGUGUACAGAAAAGUCAACUCCAGAAAUUUCCCCAGAUGAGUAUAAAGACAAGGAAGGCAAUGCUCAGAGAGAUGCUGAAGACCUCUCUCUCAUCAAAAAAGACAACUCUGAGAAUAAAUUGCCUGAUCCAAACAAGGUUAAUUCACCUUCCCCUUCAUUAAACAAUUAUCCCCUUCUGGCCUCCAAGAUAGAAAAAUCAGAGACACCUGCAGAGAACCAGUCAGACAGUUCACACUCUGUAGUCCAUCAGAUGGACGCCAAGGCAGCAAAAGUAAAAACGUCCUUGCUCCAUGAACUUCCCUCCAAAGGAGCACUGGAGACCCUUGAUGAGGUCAGUGAAGAAGAAGAGGAUUUCCCUGAUGAAGCAGAAGAGGAAGAGCUGCUGAAGCGGCAGGCUGGUGAAGAUCCAGAAGCACUUCUUACUGUUGAUGAGGUGGGAGGUGAUGAAGCUGACGCUGAGGAGGAACAGCUGGAAAAAGAACUUCAGGGCCUGGUCACUCUGGACGAGAUUGUUGAGGAUGAUGAAGAUGAGGAUUCUUUCAACCCUGAGGCUCUUGUUACACUGGAUGAGGCAAGAGGUGAUGAAGAGGAGAUGGAUGAGAAGGGGCAGGAUAAAGGCAAGCAAACCAGUUUACAGGUUGAAACACCAGCCAAGUCAAAGGAGCCUAUGACAUUGUCUGGCCUAGAUGAGGAAGCCUGUGACAUAGAGGAACUGCGCCAAAUGAACUUUGUGACUGUGGAUGAAGUGGGGGCAGAAGAUGAGGAGGAACAGGAGGAAGAGUCUUCUGUCGCCAGGAAGGACCGCAAGCUUAAAAAGCGAACUUUGAAGAUCUCAGAAAGGAAAUCCACUCAGGAGAAGAAGGGGAGUCCUGGUGACCAGCUAGUAGAAGCCCUGAAGAUACCCACAAUAGAAGAGCCAGCCUUAGUCACUCUACUCCCAGUUAUAGAACCAAUAGACACAGAAGUCAAAUCAGACUUCCAGAAUCUGAAAAUGGACUCAACGAUUGCUCCAUCUACAACAGGGGAGAAGCCCAGUGUCAGUGUGCACGAAAAUGAGAUCACUAGCAAGGAGAAUAGGACAACUGAAGUGUCUACAACUGAAAAGCGAGCAGCAAUUAAAGAGGAAUCUAAACAGAGGCUAAAGUCUGAGGUGACGCAGGAGCCAGAAUCCAAGAGGCCUCGCUCACAGCACUCUAUAACUAAAGACUUCACUCUUUCCCCCUUUAAUCCACACAUCCCAAUUGGUCUGGACUUUGUGGUGCCCAAGACGGGUUUCUACUGCAAGCUCUGCUGUCUGUUUUAUGGCAGUGAGGAGACUGCAAAGAAAACCCAUUGUAGCAGUUUACGACAUUACCAGAAUAUGCAGAAAUACUAUGAGAAGCUGAAGUCUCAAAGUGGCAGCUCAACUCCGAGACCAGACAGUCACAAUUCUGCAUCUGAUUAAAUAUUUACUCUUCUUUGGUUUUGUAUAAAUAAUUAAUGGGUCCAAUGCUAUUUAGUUGUAAAGGUUUAUGGGUGGUUUUUUUAGGUAAUUACUUAAAUUUAAAAAUUACAAAGUAUAUUAAUUCAGAUGAGCUCCACACAACAAAUAAACAAUUUCAAUUCAAAAGUUUACUUGUCACAUGCACUUUCAUGGCAGAUGCAAAGGUCCAGUGAAAAGAAAUAUGGCAACAGUCAAGUCUGCAUAGCAGAACAAUAGACUUUACAGGCAGGAUUGACAGUAUAACUGGGUAUCAGAUGUAAGAAAAAAACGAGAACAACACAGUGAAAGAAUUCCCAACAAAUCGGUCUCUUUGGCUAUGUACAGGCAGCAGGCAAAUCAGAAUCUUCUCAGAUUGGAUCUUAAGAUGAUGGGCCACACUUUAACUAUGGGAAAACAAAAUAAAUGCAAUAAAUAAAUAAAAAUAGUAAAGCAAAGCAAAAUUUAUUACAAAAUUUUUACAACAGCUUUUUUCUCUCUUGCACACCACUUGCUGUUCUUGCCUUAAGUGUGUUUUGUAACAAAGUGUUUGCUGUGACAAAGCAGCUUUACAUAUGUCCUGGUCUAAGCCCCAAAAGGGCAAGCAAAAUCUUGACAGUGGUAAGGAAAAAUGCACAGAGGCUGAGGGGAAGAAACCACAAGAGGAACCAAGACUCAUACAGGAACCCAUCCUCCUCUGGUCGACGCUGGACAGCAUGAUAAAGAGCCAUGGAAUGGAGCUAAGAGAUGUAUCUGUACUUGUGCAUGUGGGUAUCUAUACAUCUGCAGAUCAAAGUAGACAUCACAAAAAUUAAUAUGCCAAAUAUUGCAGCAUGAUAAGAACAUUUGCAAAAAUGUUACAUCUGUACAGUUGUGCAAAUAAGUGUAGAUGUUGCACAAAUACAUUAAGGGUGGGUGUAUAGUUUUAAAGUUUAAAGUGCAAAGUGCCACUGUGGUUGAUGAGCACCUAUGGUUCUGGGGGGGGGAUGCUGUUUUGAUGGCCCUAAAUCUUCUACCAGAGUGAAAUGGCUCAAGGAGGUGAUCUCCAUACGGGGACGCAUUUGUAAAAAUCCGAUUGGAGUCGUGCUUUUUGCUAAAGAUGCAAGAAUAGUGUUUCAUUUUUUAAUUUCUCUAUCCAGACUAUCGAAUAAUCGCAUUUGGGCUUGCAGUCUGAAUAGCCUUAUGUGUAUGUGGUCCUAGGUCAGAUUCGUGGCCACCUCGUGGCCGUUUGACUUGAACAAGAAUGGUCAGUUCGGAACUGGGCUUCUUAAACGCAUACGCCUGUCGUCAGCGUUAGAGAGGACAAGAUUUUAAGUAUUCCCGUGGAGACGGUGGAAAUGUGUAUAACUGGUAUUCCCUUGGAAGUGGUUAUAUGUUAAUAGUAACUGAAUGUGUACUUAAAAAAAAUUCAUCCUCUGCUACAGAAGAGUUUUGGAUUAAACUGUGUUUCACCCAAUAUGACUGAUGAAGUAGUGCUUAAAGACUUGAUUGCAAGUCAUGUCAAUUAUUAGUAAAUGAUAUUUCAUCUGUUACAUGGCAGAAAGCUGACUCAGAUGUUUUGGCAUAUAUUAAUCAGAAACAUGACGGACUACAUGUUGGAAAAAUGAAUAAUGCCAUAAGUGAUGUCUGGAACAUUGCACUAAUAUUGUAUCCUCAGUGUUAGCCACACACACUGCAUGCAUGGGUGCAGCUUUGAAUUAGUUUCAAUUCUGAUAUGUCGCUUCCUUGAGGCCAAGUCUGGCAAAUUGAGAAAUAAAGUAAGCAUUUAAAUUUUUUUUUUUUUUUUAGUUUUAUUUUUUUUGCAAUACUGUGAAUUGUGUUUGUAUCCUGUCAUAUGAGUUAACAUACGAUUGCAGUUCUAAUGGAUAUAAUUCAGACCCAAAAAUAAAAUGAUUGGCACAUUUAGCCAAGAACACAGGGUUGGGGAAGGGAGAGUGCAAGGUAAUAUGGGGAUAGUGUUAGGCAUGGGUGGAAGGGAGACAGUUUUAUGCUUGUGUAACACUAGUUUGUACCAUAGAGUCCUGUAAAACUUGGUCAUCUUUGCUGUGACUAUUAUUACUAUCAUUAUUAGCUGUUAUACUUGUAUAGCGCCUAUCUCAUACCCAAAGACGCUUUACAAUGAAUACGCACCGUUUAGAAGUGGCAGCCAAUCAUACACAGCACACACUCAACCGGAAAACCAUAGCCCCCUGGGG